AUUUGAAUUUUAAAUUCAUUAGAUUUUAUAUUGUGAUUGUAUGAACUAAUUGAACUAAUUUUUGAAUUCAAAAAAUGUCAUUUUCAAAGUAACCAAAAGAGUUAGGAUAACCUCAAGGAACGUAAGCUUACGACAGUCGGAUGGAUGGGAAGAAAGUAUUGAUUGCUUUGAUUAAAAUAUGAAGAGCAAGUAGUAUGAUUGAUAUUCUUUGAUUAAAAUAUAAAUGCGUGCUUGCUUGUUAGAUAGUUCUUUGACCUAAUGAAUCAUUCUCCACAUUCUAUGGAGACAUUUCUCGUGACUUUUGCAAACUCUGAUACUUCUGCAACUGAUGGCAAAUAGAUUUUGACCUAUACAAGUUUGAGUUCAUCAACUGCUGCAGUACUGUAGGGUUUACAAUUUGCAGAAGCUGGAAUGGAAAUGUUAAGAGCUUUUUGGAACAGUCCCAUUGGUCCCAAAACAACUCAUUUCUGGGGCCCUCUUUUCAACUGGAGCAUCCCUAUUGCAGCAUUAGUAGACACAAAGAAACCCCCAGAAAUGAUAUCUGGCAACAUGACAGCAGUUAUGUGCGGUUACUCUGCAUUGUUCAUGAGGUUUGCAUGGAUGGUACAGCCACGCAACCUCCAUCUUCUUGUAUGUCAUGCCUCAAAUGAGACUGUGCAGCUGUAUCAGCUCUCGCGGUGGAUCAAGGCUCAAGAGUAUUUCCAGAAGAAAGAGGAAGCUAAGGCACAAAACAGCAAAGAUUACUAGCAUAUAAUGAACUGAUGAUCAUACAGCUUCAUCUACAAUAAAACUCUAUUGUA